AAACACUGUUCCAUCAGACUGGAUUUAGGCAGAGGAAGAGAAACAGUCUGUUUACGCCGGAUUUGCUUUUGAUCCGUCCUCGGAUCCUCCGCUUCUAAUAUAUUCAUCUUUUCUUAUUGCGAUCUGAUUUCCGGUAACUUAUAUACCCAUCACUUUCACCUAUAGUUUUUGUAACGAAGAGGGAAUAAUGUCAGAGAAAAAUAUCGAGGAUCAUUGUGAGAAAUCUGAGGAAGAAAUACAAUGUCCAGAUGAGAAAGAGAAGAAUCCUAUGCCUUCACAGCAGCAAGAGGAGGAGAUCAUCAAGAAGAAGUACGGAGGAAUUGUGCCAAAGAAGCCUCCUUUGAUAUCAAAAGACCAUGAACGUGCCUUCUUCGAUUCUGCUGAUUGGGCAUUAGGGAAGCAAGGAGGAGCUCAAAAACCUAAAGGACCACUUGAAGCACUCAGGCCAAAGUUGCAGCCAAAUCCACAACAGCAAGUCCGUUCAAGGCGCUCGGCUUAUGCUCCUUCCGAUGGUGGUGAAGGGAAUGAAGGCAAUAUCGACCUUGCUGCAGAGGAUCGACAAUCCACAAUAGAAAGUGGCUGCAAUGACCACGUUUCUGAGGUUAAAGAAGUGUGCAAGGAAUAGCUAUCUGGACGAAACAACUUGAUCCUCUUAGACCGAGCUGCAUUCUGAAGUCCUUGAAUGAUAUCGGCCAAUAAGUGAAACAUGCUGAGUUUUAAGCUUUCACUUGUUAAUGAUUGAUCAUGCAAUGUGGGACGAUGUAAUGCUUUCUAUGCUUUAAAGGUUAUGAAUUCAAUCCUUAUAUUGCAUUCGAGAAUUAUUUAGUCUUUUAUAACUGGCUCUUUCUGGCCCAAAUGCAUUCAAUACAUAUAUUAUACAGUAAAUAUAUAAGCAGAAUUUAUACCCA